AUGGAAGAAAGGGAAUUGGAUGAAAGGGAUGAAACUAAUGACUAUGAGCUUAUGAGAAGAGAUGAGGAAGAGGGAUUAAAAGAAAAUCCAGUCCACCAGGAAAGUGGAAGAUGGAGACGAAAAUGGCGAGUUAUUAAUCCAUGGAUUUGGAUCAGUUUUAGUAUUUGGUCUAUACUUACAGCGAGGAGACUAUUGACCACUGAUUUUCCAUAUGAUUUGCGAUUACUUCCUCGAGACCAAGGCUUGGACAGAACCAUCGUUGCCUGGGCUCUCUGUAUACUUUGUCUUACUUUGGCAAUUAUCUACAACGAUUAUCGACUCAACAUGGAAGCUCUUUUAUUUGCCGUACUCGGUAUGUUUCUUGUCAGUCUCGCAAGGACGAUAGCGGCGAUUGGAUAUCGAUCACCAUCUACCAAAAAACCCUCCUAUGGAGCCUCAUUCUAUUUCAUGCUUUGGGGUGGGCUGCCUCCUUGUUUAUUGAUCACCGUUUAUGCUGCCUACAAAUAUGAAGAUAUUGGGAAAGCAUUCUCCAUUCUUCGAACUUGGAAUUUCUCGACUUUCAUGAGAAAUCUGGCACCUGGAGCAUUGACUCAUGUUCUUUGGAAUACUCCUCUACGAUCCACACUGGCACUCUCUAUCAAUUCGAGGUCACCUUAUGAAACGACCGAAGAAAAUGCACCAGACGCAAUUGAUGCGACACUCCACCUAUCUUUGGGACUCAUGCUCAUGAGUACACUCGAGGAAGAAAAUGCUAUGGAUGCUUUGCAAAUCUUUCUAUUCAUGCUUAUCUAUGUUGUUAGCAUGGGCCCGAAAGAAAUCAGUCUAUAUAUUCCUAAAUUUAUAAAUUUCGUCUACACAAUACGACGAAAAUCCGGAAUACCAACUCGAAAGCUCUAUCCAAUAUGGCAUAAUCCUCUUUUACUUUGGACCACUGCAUUUGUCUUCACUAUAAUGAGUACAAUCGGAAUACAUUACUGGAUGGACACAAUCUCCAUACGACACGAUCAGAAAUUCUGGACAGGUCCGAAGACUCCAUAUCUAGACACAAUCUACAGAGCAGCAACUAAAAAUCGACUUCAAAUCGUCAUCGCACAUUCGGCCCAUGAGUCAAUUUCCGCCAUUGAAGAAAUCGUAACUGCAAUAUUGAGCUCACAGCCUGCUGUCCUGGCACACAAACCAGAUGUUUUAAUUUAUACGAAAGAUCCAUCAAAAGACAUCGUCAAGAAAAUCCGAGCAGACGUCGUCUUCGGAGAUAUUUAUCCUCUUCCUAAUAUUGGAGGUGUAUCUGGUAUUUUCCUUCAUCAUAUCUUGAAAAAUUGGGAUAAUUUACCUACACAAACACUUUUCCUCACUACUUCUUCACAUACGAUCAAUAGUUUUGAUCUCAUCGGUCGUCGUUUAUUCGAUUACUAUAACCCCGCGCAACUACCACCAGCGGCGGAGAACUCAGAUACAUUGACGGGUUUCCUGAACUUGGGAGAAAUGGAAACGUGUGAUUGUUAUGGAUGUUAUGAUAAAAGUGGCUGGAAUGAUACUUUUAGACUUAUACCCAGUAUGUGGUCUGCUUCUCGUCCUGUGGAAAAAUAUCAGGCAUCUUAUAGAUGUAGAAAGGUCAUCUUGACACAUGGAAAUAAUUUCAUUGCUUCAGCAUCGCGCAUUAGAGGAAUCGAGAAAGAUAUUUGGGAAACUCUCGAUGAUGCAUUGGCAAAUCCUUCAUUGAGUAGGGGAUGGGCUCAUGAUAGAUUGAAAUUGGGGCCAGAAGGAAGGGAUACGGAAAUGUUUGGUCAGAAAGAUAGUUUAGAGAUACCACAUUUAGGAUAUACGGUUGAGAGGUUAUGGGGAAUUUUAUUGGGUUGUUCGAAUCAGGAGAUUGCGUGGAGAUGUCCUAAUCUGUGGAAGGGGUGGAGGAGAGGUGGGGAGAAGAAGGAUUGUGCUUGUAUUGAUUGA